AUGGUACGUUGGUAUAUCUUUACGAUAAUUUGUGAAUUUGCUCUGCUGUUAUUCGCUUCUCUGCAUAUAGCAUCAAGCAGCAGUAAUCAAUGGUACAACGCUAUAGAAUUUUGGAGUAACGUCGUUUGCUCUAUGAAAGAUAUUAAAACCGUGAAUUUUCACGGUGUACUUGAGAGUAGUAGUAUUAGUAGGAGGAGUGCUAUUUUUCUCGAACGAUAUUUUCAGGCUUUUAUAUACGAUAUCACGCACAAGUGUGAGACAACGAUUUUAUCGAGGAUUUAUACGCCUCCUGAUUCAGAAAAUCUUUUCGUAAAUAACGACAUAGCUUACAGAGUUGUAAAACGGCCAUCGAUCUGGAAGAUUAUAUCCGGCGACGCGCUUCCUUCUCGAGUAAUGCUGUUGAAUAAUGUAACUAAAAAGAUACGAAGCGACAAAACCUUUGACAGAACAUGGAACAUGCACGUAAUUCUUACGAGAGAUGUGCACUUCUUCGAUCAAAUUUCAAAGGAUAGUACGACAUUCGAAUGGAAUUCGCAUGAUCGAUUCAUCGUGCUGUUCGCUCGUUUUUCAGAAGAACAUGGAUUGUCAAACGAAUUGAACUCGAAAAUCGACGAUAUCUUGAAGACAUUGUGGUUCAAACAUAAGGUGCAUAAGGUUUUUGUCUCCGAGGCGAUAUUCAUAAACGACAUCGUUCGAAUUGAUCGAACUGUUCGCACUUACAAUCCAUUUACUAAAGUCAACAACUCUGUGUGGGGUCGAGUCGAAAUUAUAAAUGUAGUAACAGCGGAAGAAGCGUCAAAAAUGCUGUUACAUUUAACAUACCGCCGCACGAAAAAUAUGAAUGAAUAUGUAUUAAAAGUUGGUUACUUUAAGCCAAAAGAAAAAUCAAUCACAGAACCGAUAAAAAAUCAGUCGAUUGCACGUUACAGUUACGCCGAAAUCUUCAAAGAAUUUGAUAAGAAAAUGUUAAAUACAAUUGCUCAAGACAUGAAUUUUCAAAUAAAAUACGUAUAUCCGACGGAUAAUCAAUGGUUUGGUUCUCAAUUGUUUAAUGGAACGUACGUCGGUGCUAUAGGCGACAUAGUGUACGGUAGAACGGACAUCUGCUUCAUAUCUUUCUUCGUAAAGAAAUACAGUAUAAGUCCCAAGGAAGAUGUAGACUUUAGUACAUACGUGGACUUUGACAGAAUAUGCAUAGUUGUCCCUAAAGCAACCAAGAUACCUAAAGGAAUUCGAAUAUAUCACUUUUUUCCAUUGUCGAUUUGGAUCUGUUUAAUGUUGACGCACAUUUUCACGUAUUUAAUAUGGUAUUUUCUGCAAGUCUUUACUCCAAAAAGGACGAGAAAGAGAAGUUUACGUGCAACGAUCUAUCGAUCGUUUCUAUUCAAUUUAGGUUGUCCCCAAAAAUUGCCAAAUACAAACGCGGAAAGGAUAUUACUGUCAGGCGUUUUUCUUGUUAACGUCACUUUAGUUGGAAUCUUCAACGGUAUUUUGUAUAACAGUUUCGCGUAUGACAUGUAUUAUCCAGACAUCAACAGUCUUCACGAUCUUGACGUUUCGGGAUUGCCGAUAUCCUUUUCUUCCGCUAGCCUGGUCGAUCUCUUUAACAACGAUGAUAAUAACGUCGAGUCGGCACUGCGAAAUUUGCGAAAGAAAAUACAAUUCAAUGAAAAUGGUAUAAUCAGCACGGCUCAUUAUCGUAACACCUCGGCAUUUGCUAGAGAAAGAUAUUUUCCCGUUAUCAGCGAGGAAUUGGCUGAUGCGGAUGGUGGGCCAUUACUUCAUCUUGUCAAGGAAUGUCCCGGUAAAUUCUACUUGUCGUAUUUGCUGCCCAAGAAUUCAAUUUUCAACGAAAAGGUAAACACAUUGAUCGACCACUUGAAUCAAGCUGGUUUACCGUCGUUAUGGUAUCGAUACAUUGUUAACGCCUUCGACAUUCGCAAAAAGUUACUGUCCAAAGAAAUAUUAGUUCGAAACAAAAAGAAAAUGGGCUUCGUGCCAUUUACUUUAGCUGAUAUGCAGUCAUCUUUCUACAUGCUACUGAUAGGAUUAUUACUAUCCACAAUAGUAUUUUUUCAUGAGAAGCGCUGGUUAAAAGUACCAUUGUUGCAUAUUGAAAAACCAAACUAUAAAUCUACACGCAUUAAUCAUUGA